GGGGCCACGGGCGCGAUGCCUGACCUUUCAGAGGCGACGGCUGCGGGGCGCGCGGUGGCCCUUGCCCUAGUGCUGCUGCUCCCCUCCGGGCCAGCGGGCGCCGGCGCCCUGUCCCGCCUGCAGCCCAGCAUGCCCCACGUGUGUGCCGAGCGGGAGCUGACCCUGGUGGGCCACCGCCAGCCCUGUGUGCGGGCCUUCAGCCGGACGGUGCCCGUGUGGAGGCCGGGCUGCGGGCGGCAGGCGUGGUGCCUCAGCCGCGAGCGCAGAACCGUCUACUACACCAGCUACAGGCAGGUGUACACCACGGAGGCGCGGACCGUGCUCAGGUGCUGCCCAGGCUGGAGCCAGCGGCCGGGCGACCGGGGCUGCCUCUCCGACGUGAACGAGUGCCCCGCCGGCAGUGGGGGCUGUGAGGGCUGUUGCUGCUACCCCGCUGGCCGCCAGCUGCGCAGAGGCGCCCUGCCCCUGAAGAUCGCGGACGCUUCCAGACCCCACAGCCACCGGCCUGGGCGCGCCUGGCGGCACCGCGGGAGCCCGCGGGUGGCUGUGGGCGGCAUCUGGCUGCAGCGUGUUCUGCACUUGCUGGGCUGCUGUCCCCGCAGCCAUGCCACAGCCCGCUCACCCGGCCUAAGGGGGAUGGAGGCUCAGAGCCGCCUGCACCCCAAGUCCCGAACGGGCCGGGGGCCACCUCUGCCGCCCCCAGCUGCGCCUGCUCCACCCCAGCCCCGCCCUGUGCUGGCUGCUGGGGGCUGGGGCCCCAAGCAGCCAUCCCUGUCCCCGGAAGGCGACGGGCAGGACGGCUGGGCGGGAGCAACUCCCGGCGGCGGCGGCGGCGGCGGUGGCGGCGGCGGCGGUGGCGCCGAGCACAGCCGAGCGCAGCCGAGCACAGCCCAGCGGCGGCCGCCUGUGCGUGCCCGCCGGGCCGGGAGUGGGAGCCGGGAGCCCGCCGCUGUCGCCAUGGAGGCGUCCUGGAGCCGCAGCCGUCUGGCCGCGCUCUGGUGCCUCGGGCUUUUGGGGGGCCUGGCGCGCGUCGCGGGCACGCACUACCGCUACCUCUGGAGGGGCUGCUACCCGUGCCACCUGGGCCAGGUCGGCUACGCCCUGAGCGCCGGUGACGGGAGACCAGAUGUGGACGAGUGCCAGAUGCACAACGGCGGCUGCCACCACAGGUGUAUGAACACGCCCGGCUCCUAUGUCUGCGAGUGCAGGCCCGGCUUCCGACUCCACACGGACGGCAGGACCUGCCUGGCCAUCCACUCCUGCGCCGUGGGCAACGGGGGCUGCCAGCACAGCUGUGUGCAGCUCACAGCGACCCAGCACCGCUGCCAGUGCCAGCCCGAGUUCCAGCUCCAGGAGGACGGCAGGCGCUGCGUCCGCAGAAACCCGUGCGCGGACCGGAACGGCGGCUGCAUGCACACGUGCCAGGCGCUGCGGGGCCUCGCCCACUGCGGCUGCCACGCUGGCUACCGGCUGGCGGCCGACCGCAAGGCCUGCGAAGACGUGGACGAAUGCGCGGCGGGGCUGGCCCAGUGCGCCCACGGCUGCCUCAACACGCGGGGGUCCUUUAAGUGUGUGUGCCACGCGGGCUACGAGCUGGGGGCCGACGGCCGGCAGUGCUACCGGAUCGAGAUGGAGAUCGUGAACAGCUGCGAGGCGGACAACGGCGGCUGCUCUCACGGCUGCAGCCACAGCAGCGCGGGGCCCCUGUGCACCUGCCCCCGUGGCUACGAGCUGGACGAGGACCAGAAGACGUGUAUCGACGUGGAUGACUGUGCCGACUCGCCCUGCUGCCAGCAGGUCUGCACCAACAGCCCCGGGGGCUACGAGUGCGGCUGCUACGCUGGCUACCGGCUCGGCCCUGAUGGCUGCGCGUGCGAGGACGUGGACGAAUGCUCCUCCGACCGCGGCGGCUGCGAUCACCACUGCACCAACCUGGCCGGCUCCUUCCGGUGCUCCUGCGAGGCUGGCUUCCGGCUGGACGAGGACCGCAGGGGCUGCACCCCCCUGGAGGUGCCCGAGGUGGACCUGGACGGCCGGCUGCCCUUCGUGCGGCCCCUGCCGCACGUCUCGGUGCUUCAGGACACACUGUCCCACCUCUUCCAAGACGACUAUGUCGGGGCCGAGCAGGCGGAGGUGGAGGCCGAGGCCCGGGGCGAACACACACUGGAGGAGAAGUUUGUCUGCUUGGGCGACACCUUCGGCCCCGACUGCAGCCUGACCUGCGAGGACUGCAGGAACGGAGGGACCUGCCUCCCGGGCCUGGACGGCUGCGACUGUCCCGAGGGCUGGACCGGGCUCGUCUGCAACGAGACUUGCCCUCCGGACGCCUUCGGGAAGAACUGCAGCUCCCCCUGCAGCUGCCAGAACGGCGGGACCUGCGACCCCGUGACGGGGGCCUGCCGCUGCCCCCCAGGUGUCGGCGGAGCCCACUGUGAGGACGGCUGCCCCAAGGGUUUCUACGGCAAGCACUGCCGUAAGAAGUGCCACUGUGCCAACCGGGGCCGCUGCCACCGCCUCUACGGGGCCUGUCUCUGCGACCCAGGGCUCUACGGCCGCUUCUGCCACCUGGCCUGCCCGCCCUGGGCCUUCGGGCCGGGCUGCUCGGAGGAGUGCCGGUGCGAGCAGCAGAACACGCAGGCCUGCGACGGGCGCGACGGCAGCUGCUCCUGCAAGGCGGGCUUCCGGGGCCCACGGUGCCAGCACGCCUGCGAGCCCGGCUUCUUCGGGCCGGGGUGCCAGCAGGCGUGCGCCUGUCCUCCGGGCUUGGCCUGCGACCCCGUCAGCGGCGAGUGUGGGAAGCAGUGUCCUGCCGGCUACCGGGGGCAGGACUGUGACCGAGAGUGCCCCACGGGGACGUUUGGCGUGAACUGCUCAGGCUCCUGCUCCUGUGGGGGCGCCCCCUGCGACCGGGUCACGGGGCAGUGCCUGUGCCCGCCUGGGCGGACGGGGGACGCUUGCGGGGAAGAUUGCCCCGAGGGCCGCUGGGGGCUCGGCUGCCAGGAGAUCUGCCCUGCGUGUGAGCACGGAGCUGCGUGCGCGCCCGAGACCGGAGCCUGCCGCUGCCGCCCCGGCUACACGGGCAGCCGCUGCCAGGACGCGUGCCCCGCAGGCUGGUUUGGGCCCGGCUGCCACGUGCGAUGCUCCUGUGCCAACGACGGGCACUGCGACCCGGAGACUGGACGUUGCAGCUGCGGCCCUGGGUGGACCGGCCUCAGCUGCCAGAGAGCCUGCGACGGCGGGCGCUGGGGCCCCGACUGCAGCCUCACCUGCAACUGCAGCACAGGCCACGGGAGCUGUGACGCCAUCAGCGGCGCCUGCCUGUGCGAGGCCGGCUACGCGGGCCCGCGGUGCGAGCAGCGGUGUCCCCAGGGCCACUUCGGGCCAGGCUGUGAGCGGAGGUGCCAGUGUGAGCAUGGGGGCGCCUGCGACCACGUCAGCGGGGCCUGUACCUGCCCGGCCGGCUGGAGGGGAACCUUCUGCGAGCGAGCCUGCCCGGCCGGCUUCUUCGGGCUGGACUGCCGCGAAGCCUGCGACUGCGCCGCCGGGGCGCCCUGCGACGCUGUGAGCGGCACCUGCCUCUGCCCUGCGGGCCGCCAUGGCCCCCGCUGCGCCCAGGUCUGUCCGGCCCUCACGUUCGGGCACAACUGCAGCCAGGCCUGCGCUUGCUUCAACGGGGCCUCCUGUGACCCGGUCCACGGGCAGUGCCGCUGCGGCCCUGGCUGGACGGGCCCCAGCUGCCUGCAGGCCUGCCCCGCGGGCCUGUACGGCGAGAGCUGUCAGCUCGCCUGCCUCUGCCAGAACGGAGGCACCUGCGACCCUGUCUCAGGACACUGCACCUGCCCCGAGGGCUGGGCCGGCCUGGCUUGUGAGAAGGAGUGCCUCCCGGGGCGCUUCGGAGCCGGCUGCCAGCACAGCUGCAGAUGCCUCCACGGCGGCCUCUGCGACCGGCACACGGGCAGCUGCCUGUGCCCCGCCGGCUGGAUGGGCGACAAGUGUCAGAGCCCCUGCGCCGAGGGUACGUUCGGGGCUCACUGUGAGGGGCGCUGCGCCUGCCGGCGGGGAGCCGCCUGCCACCACGUCACUGGGGCCUGCCUCUGUCCCCCCGGAUGGAGGGGCUUGCGGUGUGACACGGCCUGCCCGCAGGGCUGGUUUGGAGAGGCCUGUGCCCGGCGCUGCCAGUGCCCGCCGGACGCCGCCUGCCACCACGUCACCGGGGAGUGCCACUGCCCCCCGGGCUUCACCGGGCCUGGCUGUGAACAGGCCUGCCCGCCUGGCACCUUUGGGGAGAGCUGUGGGCAGAAGUGCCAGUGCCCCAGCGAGAACCAGGCCUGCCACCCGGCCUCGGGCGUCUGCGUGUGUGCGGCCGGCUUCCACGGUGCCGGCUGCCAGCAACGGUGCCCUCUCGGACGCUUUGGGUCCGGUUGUGAGCAGCUGUGUGGGUGUCUCAACGGAGGCUCCUGUGACGUGGCCACGGGCGCCUGCCGCUGCCCCGCCGGGUUCCUGGGGGCCGACUGCGGCCUCACCUGUCCCCAGGGCCGCUUCGGCCCUGGCUGCGCCAACAUAUGCCGCUGUGGACAGGGUGCCACCUGCAACCCCGUGACCGGCAACUGCACCUGCCCCCCGGGGAGGACCGGUGUCAGCUGCGAGCACGACUGCCCCCAGGACCGGUUUGGCGCCGGCUGUGAGCACGUGUGCUCCUGCAGAAACCGGGGCCUGUGCCGCCCGGCCGACGGCAGCUGCUCCUGUGGCCUGGGCUGGACGGGGCCGCGCUGCGAGCUGCCCUGCCCCGCCGGGCGUUACGGGCCCGCCUGCCGCCUGGAGUGCUCCUGCCACCACAAUGGCACCUGUGAACCCCGCACGGGCGCCUGCCGCUGCGGCCCCGGCUUCUAUGGCCAGGCCUGCGAGCACUCCUGUCCCCCUGGCUUCCAUGGGGCUGGCUGCCAGGGGGUGUGCAAGUGUCAACAGGGAGCCCCCUGCCACCCGGUCAGCGGCCAGUGUCUCUGCCCCGCUGGCUUCCACGGCCAGUUUUGCGAGAGGGGGUGUGCGCCGGGCUCGUUCGGAGAGGGCUGCCACCAGCGGUGUGACUGCGAGCACGGGGCAGGCUGCGACCCUGUCACCGGCCGCUGCCUGUGCCCCCCAGGGCGCACGGGGGCCACCUGUGGCCUUGGCUGCGGAGGGGGCUUCUUCGGGCCGGGCUGCGCCCUGCGCUGUGACUGCGGGGGUGGGGCCGACUGCGACCCCAUCAGCGGCCAGUGUCACUGUGUGGAUGGCUACACAGGGCCCACGUGCCGGCAAGGUGGGCCCCCCCAGCUCCCUGGGGUCCCGUCCCCAGCCCCGAGUCCAGCGGCCUCACAGGCAGCCGCUCCCAGACCAGCGCAGGGUCCCCGCAGCAGGGCCGAGGACCGCUAG